GAGCCCUCGGGCGGCGGUGACGCGCUCGCGGCGUCCUACGCCCCGGGCGGCGUCGCCGAGCUGCUGCGGGGCGUGGACGAUUCGCUCGCCAAGGGUGGUCCCGUCCGGAACGGUUCUGUUCAUGCUGGCGACGGCGCGGUGCCGCGGAAGUUCCAGCGCCCGCACGACCGCGCGCUUCCGAUGUGGGACCUCGGGAACAUGCUGCGAGAUCUCGUGGUCUCUCUCGGCGGCAGCGUCACAACCGACGAGGGUGAUCUGGAGGACUUGGAGGACGACGUAGUGGAGGUGAAAGUGGAGACCGACAUGACUGGCCUCAUUUACCUCGGCCCCCCGGUGCUGCGGGCCAUGCUGGACGGGGCCGACAAGGAGCGGGGGUGCAUCCUCUAUUCACCGAGCGCGUUCCACCAGUCGCAAAGUGCCUACUCGCAGACGUCCGAACCAAAAAAGAAGAAGCUGGAUCCAGGCUACCGGCCCGACGAGCCGGCCCUCGUGCGCCUGUCCUGCGGCGGGCUGGAGAUGUACAAGCUCGCGGGAGAGCCGUUCGCGGGGGCGCCGCACAUCGCGCACGACCUGCGGGAGAGGAAGGACUGGGAGAUGCUCCAGUUAGGGAAGCCGGAGGUGUUCGAGAACCAGCUCUGCUUCAGGAUGAAGGAAGCGUCCAACAACUGGCUCUUCGCCUCGCGCGGCAGCUACAAGUACUGGUGCACGGCGGACCUGGCGCUCGGGCGCAGCUUCGAGGAGGCGCUGAAGCUGCAGCGGGCGCGGCUGGAGGACGCCGCCUCGCGCACGGCGGCGUGCGCGGGCGACUUCCGCGAGUGCCCCGCGCGGCCCGACGGCAGCUGGUUCAAAGAGUUCGCCGUCUACGACCAGACCACCUGGCCCCCCACGUUCAAAGCGCCCGACGACCCCUCGAUGCUCGCGUCGCCGGGCAUGCAGUGGAAGAGAGCCGCGGCCACGCUCAAGAGGCAGAAGUAG